ACAGUUUGUGGCGAUGCCACCCCGCUUUCUGUGCGGCCGAUUGUAACCUGGCAGUUCCUCUCCGCAUUCGAAAAGAAAAUAUUCGCGCUGCUGGUUGUUUGUUUUUGUAUCUACAUAUGCAUUUACCACGAAGCCAAAAGUUCGUAAGCGAGUUUUGAGUGGCUCCUUCUCACUCGCUCUCCCGCUCCGUCUCUCACGCUCUGUCGCGUCGCCCUCUCUCCCUCUUUACCUGAGUUUUGAGUUUGGGAUUCUUGAGCGCUUUUUGGCAGAAUCCCGACUUCUUGUUGUUGUUGCUGGCUUCUAUGACUCAAAGACAUGAGACGUGCUAUAUGAGCGUAUAGCGCCCAAAACCACCCACUUGGUAACGCCAUCUCGUCGCACCCACACACUCGUCGCGUAGCGUCGCGAUUUUCGCAAUUUUUGCAAUUGAAAAGUGUAAAGUUCUAGACACCAUUAUCAGCGUUCUCAUAAUCUCAUUUUUGCAAUGCAGCAGCAGAAAGUGAUAGAAGCUCGGCUCGCAUGCAAUUUUCAUUAGUGUGAAAAUUGUUUGAUAUUUAAGAGGCAAGCGAGGAAUAAACAGAAUCAACAGCAGCAGACACACACAUUCCAAGCCAAAUUAAUAAUAGAAAAAAGAAACCAAAAAACCAAUAAAAGUUUAAAACAAAACGACACACACUCGAGGGGCGAGCGGAGAGCCAAACGACCAAAAUGUGGCGGCAGUCAACGAUACUGGCCGCGUUACUAGUGGCUCUUUUGUGUGCGGGCAGUGCAGAAAGCAAAGGCAAUCGCCCACCGAGAAUCACCAAACAACCGACACCCGGAGAACUGCUCUUCAAAGUAGCGCAACAGAAUAAGGAAAGUGACAAUCCAUUCAUAAUCGAGUGCGAAGCCGAUGGACAACCCGAACCAGAAUAUAGUUGGAUCAAGAACGGCAAGAAGUUCGACUGGCAGGCGUACGACAACCGCAUGCUGCGACAGCCAGGUCGUGGAACCCUGGUGAUCACCAUUCCCAAGGACGAGGAUCGCGGCCACUACCAGUGCUUCGCGUCCAACGAAUUCGGAACGGCCACCUCGAACUCGGUUUAUGUGCGAAAGGCUGAGCUGAACGCCUUCAAGGAUGAGGCGGCCAAGACUCUGGAGGCCGUGGAGGGUGAGCCCUUCAUGCUGAAGUGUGCCGCACCCGAUGGCUUCCCCAGUCCCACGGUCAACUGGAUGAUCCAGGAGUCCAUUGAUGGCAGCAUCAAGUCGAUCAACAACUCUCGCAUGACCCUCGAUCCCGAGGGCAAUCUCUGGUUCUCGAAUGUUACACGUGAGGAUGCCAGCUCCGAUUUCUACUACGCCUGCUCGGCCACCUCGGUGUUCCGCUCUGAGUACAAGAUCGGCAAUAAGGUGCUCCUGGAUGUCAAGCAGAUGGGUGUUAGUGCCUCGCAGAACAAGCAUCCGCCCGUGCGUCAGUAUGUGUCCCGUCGCCAAUCCUUGGCGCUGCGUGGCAAGCGAAUGGAACUGUUUUGCAUCUACGGCGGAACCCCGCUGCCGCAGACCGUGUGGAGCAAGGAUGGCCAGCGGAUACAGUGGAGCGAUCGAAUAACGCAAGGCCACUAUGGCAAAUCACUGGUGAUUCGGCAGACAAACUUCGAUGAUGCCGGCACAUACACCUGCGACGUAUCCAACGGUGUGGGCAAUGCCCAGUCCUUCUCCAUCAUCCUGAAUGUCAACUCCGUGCCGUACUUUACCAAAGAACCUGAAAUCGCCACCGCCGCCGAGGACGAAGAAGUGGUCUUCGAGUGUCGCGCUGCUGGUGUACCAGAGCCCAAGAUCAGUUGGAUUCACAAUGGUAAGCCCAUUGAGCAGAGCACUCCGAAUCCCAGGCGAACGGUUACGGACAACACAAUCCGCAUCAUCAAUCUGGUUAAGGGCGAUACUGGUAACUACGGUUGCAACGCCACCAAUUCGCUGGGUUACGUAUAUAAGGAUGUCUACCUAAAUGUCCAGGCUGAGCCGCCAACGAUCGCUGAAGCUCCAGCUGCUGUGUCCACUGUGGAUGGACGGAAUGUGACCAUUAAGUGCAGGGUAAAUGGAUCCCCCAAGCCGCUGGUUAAGUGGCUGAGGUCCAGCAAUUGGCUGACCGGAGGUCGCUACAAUGUCCAGGCGAACGGCGAUCUGGAGAUCCAAGAUGUGACAUUCUCGGAUGCCGGCAAAUAUACGUGCUAUGCGCAGAAUAAGUUUGGCGAAAUUCAAGCCGAUGGCUCGCUGGUGGUCAAGGAACACACCAGAAUCACCCAAGAGCCGCAGAACUACGAGGUGGCCGCCGGACAAUCGGCCACGUUCCGCUGUAACGAGGCCCACGACGAUACGCUGGAGAUUGAGAUCGAUUGGUGGAAGGAUGGCCAGUCCAUUGACUUUGAGACCCAGCCGAGAUUCGUGAAGGCCAACGAUAAUUCCCUGACGAUUGCCAAGACCAUGGAGCUAGAUUCUGGCGAGUAUACGUGCGUGGCCAGGACGCGAUUGGAUGAGGCCACGGCCAGGGCGAAUUUGAUCGUCCAGGAUGUGCCGAAUGCCCCAAAACUGACGGGCAUCACCUGCCAGGCCGACAAGGCCGAGAUCCACUGGGAGCAACAGGGAGACAAUCGUUCGCCCAUCCUGCACUAUACCAUCCAGUUCAAUACAUCGUUCACGCCCGCCUCCUGGGAUGCCGCCUAUGAGAAGGUGCCCAACACGGACUCCUCCUUUGUGGUCCAGAUGUCACCGUGGGCGAACUACACGUUCCGUGUGAUUGCCUUCAACAAGAUCGGAGCCUCGCCGCCGUCGGCGCACAGCGAUAGUUGCACCACCCAGCCGGAUGUGCCAUUCAAGAAUCCCGAUAAUGUCGUUGGCCAGGGUACUGAGCCCAACAACCUGGUCAUCUCCUGGACUCCCAUGCCAGAGAUCGAGCACAAUGCCCCCAAUUUCCACUAUUAUGUGAGCUGGAAACGCGAUAUCCCUGCUGCUGCGUGGGAAAACAAUAACAUAUUCGACUGGCGACAGAAUAACAUUGUGAUUGCCGAUCAGCCGACGUUCGUCAAAUACCUGAUCAAGGUGGUGGCCAUCAACGAUAGGGGUGAGUCCAAUGUGGCAGCCGAGGAGGUGGUUGGCUACUCUGGCGAAGAUCGUCCCCUGGACGCUCCCACCAACUUCACGAUGAGGCAGAUCACAUCCUCGACCAGUGGCUAUAUGGCAUGGACGCCGGUAAGUGAGGAAUCGGUGCGGGGACACUUCAAGGGCUACAAGAUCCAAACGUGGACGGAGAACGAGGGCGAGGAGGGUCUGCGAGAGAUCCAUGUGAAAGGUGAUACCCACAACGCUCUGGUCACCCAGUUCAAGCCCGACUCGAAGAACUUUGCCCGCAUUUUGGCCUACAAUGGACGUUUCAAUGGCCCACCCAGUGCCGUCAUCGAUUUCGAUACUCCCGAGGGUGUGCCAUCGCCGGUUCAGGGAUUGGAUGCCUAUCCCCUGGGCUCCUCGGCCUUCAUGCUCCAGUGGAAGAAGCCGCUGUAUCCCAAUGGCAAGCUCACUGGCUACAAGAUCUACUACGAGGAGGUUAAGGAGAGCUAUGUGGGCGAGCGACGCGAAUACGAUCCCCACAUCACCGAUCCCAGGGUCACACGCAUGAAGAUGGCCGGCCUGAAGCCCAACUCCAAGUACCGCAUCUCCAUCACGGCCACCACGAAAAUGGGCGAGGGAUCUGAACACUAUAUCGAGAAGACCACGCUCAAGGAUGCCGUCAAUGUGGCCCCUGCCACACCCUCUUUUUCCUGGGAGCAACUGCCAUCCGAUAAUGGACUAGCCAAGUUCCGCAUCAACUGGCAGCCAAGUACCGAGGGUCAUCCGGGCACUCACUUCUUCACGAUGCACAGGAUCAAGGGCGAAACCCAAUGGAUACGCGAAAAUGAGGAAAAGAACUCCGACUACCAGGUGGUCGGCGGCUUGGAUCCGGAGACCGCCUACGAGUUCCGCGUGGUCUCCGUGGAUGGCCACUUCAACACGGAGAGUGCCACGCAGGAGAUCGACACGAACACCGUAGAGGGACCAAUAAUGGUGGCCAACGAGACGGUGGCCAAUGCCGGAUGGUUCAUUGGCAUGAUGCUGGCCCUGGCCUUCAUCAUCAUCCUCUUCAUCAUCAUUUGCAUUAUCCGACGCAAUCGGGGCGGAAAGUACGAUGUCCACGAUCGGGAGCUGGCCAACGGUCGGCGGGAUUACCCCGAAGAGGGUGGCUUCCACGAGUACUCGCAACCGUUGGAUAACAAGAGCGCUGGUCGCCAAUCCGUGAGUUCAGCGAACAAACCCGGCGUGGAAAGCGAUACCGAUUCGAUGGCCGAAUACGGUGAUGGCGACACAGGCAUGAAUGAAGAUGGAUCCUUUAUUGGCCAAUAUGGACGCAAAGGACUAUGAUUUAAUUAGUAAGCACCGCACCGCAACAGCAACUCAAAAAGAAUAUCGAAACCGAGCCCUUAAACCCCAAAAAAUCAAAAAUCCAACAAGACCAAACACCAUCACAGCAGAAAAAGAAACAUGAAUGGAAAUAGUAGCCUACAUUUUAUUCGACUAAGUGCAAACGCCACGACUAAUUUAAAGUAUAUAUAAAAAUAGAGGUUUUAUAUAUAACUAUUAAAAUCUAAAAAUGUGUAAAAAAAAACGAAUGCAAAUCAAUACUGCCAAACAAC